AUGGCUAGGACCAAAGCAACCGAGAUGAUAGCGUGGAGACAGAUGUAUGAAGAAGGUCUUGCAAGAGCUGCACAAUUGGAAACAGACAAAAACAAGGCCCACGCAUUAAUCGAACGUGAAGAAAGCAAAGAGGCAUUUAAGGAUGUCGAUGACGGAUGUACUACCUUGGAAAGUCGAAGUUCAACUUAUGACACACUCUCGGAUGAUUUUGACAAAGAUGCUGAUGAAGUCAGUGGCCAAGAAAAUAUACAGCAGUCACGGAAUACACCUAUGGGAAGGAUUGUAACAAGCUCUAACUCGAAACCGAACAUAUAUCGAAAUCUCUUUCUUGAUAUGGAAGCAUUGGAUGACGAUUGUGAAGAAGAAUCAGCUGACGAUGAAGAACUGGAUCAAUUCAUUGCACAAGAUGAUGAAGCAGAUAAUACAGAUCUUCCAAAACAUACUAUAACCAGUACUACGUGUGAACGUAUCGGACCGACCUAUCUGUCUGAUGUCAUUCGGCGCUGGGAUACUGAGUUUGGUGAGAGAUCUAUAGACGGCAAUGAUUCGCUUGAUAAUUGCAAUCAAUAUGGUGCGGAGGACUGCAACAUGACUGGUCUUGCAGCCGGUCCAUUAAUAAAUCAUGCUUCGAUCGACGAAUCGUAUAUAUGGAGAAUGAAAUGCAGGCGUCUCCGAGGCCGUUACAUUGCGGCCAACAUACUCUCAUGUUCCGAAUAUGUUCCAAUCGUUCAGAUGCUCGUACGAGCGGUGAUUUCAAUCCCUUCCGAUCCAUAUUGCGUCUACCUGGAAGCGCAGAUGUCUAAAGCCCUCAAAGACUGGCUUAAGACUGUCCCUGGCAUAGUUGUCUUCAACGAUAGUGUCAUUUUAAAUGCGGUGGACUACAGUGAGUGGCACAAGGUAAUGACGUAUGUGCCUAAAUACCGCGAACCUGAUUUACCUGUCGGUGAUCGCUGGUGCACUAUUGGAUACGGAUCGUCUAUGGGCUGGCCUGUUUUUGUCAUUGGUUCGUCAGAAGAUACCCAUCAGCCCGGGUACGACAUUCUUAUGGUGCCAAUGCUUUCUUUGCAAAAGGGCGCAUAUGACACUUACCCAGUCCAGUCGUUGGAGCCUAUGCUAUUUGAUGCCACAAAAAUGGCCAUCAUCCAUGGCGAAGAGUUGUUGCGAGAAAUAGUAGAGGACACGCAUUUUGACUUCAGAGGUCAAGACUACGAAUACGGCUUGCUGCAUCGAACUCCGCGACCAAAGAGCUGGAAUUUCUACUUGGGGGAGUCGGUUAUCGUUCGCGGUUGUUCAAGCCAACAUUCUUCUCAAUUGUUCGAGGACGGUGGAAGUCGUACUUGCACUAUAGUCGACGUUCAUGACACUUAUCUCGAGCUCGAUGACAUUAAACAUUCCGGAAGGUUCAUUGUGAAAGAAUGGCAUGCAAUCGAGAAGAUUUUUAAAGUAGGUCAAUUUGUGGUUAAGGGUAAUAUUUGUGGAUUUGUGGAUGUUAUUGAGUUAAACGUGCUUCAUUUGAUUGUGUUGGGUGGGGGUCAAGAGAAGGAGCAAACAGCUGAAAAAGCCGGUGGAACGAUAAUGGCAUUUAUCUGCGUUGUGGAUUUUAAUUCCAUUCCCUGGGUGGGAAUGUGUGGGGUCGUACUUAAACAAGGUAGUCCGUUUCGAGGGCUGCUGGUAUUCGUCAAGGAUGUCAGGGUUGAAAAAACGCAUUGGAGAUCUUCAUGCUUGGAUACAAACCACUCCGUCUAUGAAGCGAAGACCUCCGCAUUUCAUUCGUCACACACUAAAUCUCCUACAACUAUUGCUGGAUUAAUAGUUCCUGGAAUGGGUGCUACGCCGAGAUAUAUUCCCGAUUUACAAGUAAUGUUGUUGGUUCAACGUGCGAGCUACUCUCCUGAAACAGGCGGGGGGUUUUCAGAAAUGUGGGUUCCAUAUAAAGAAGUGGUAGACGCACAAACACACUUGCCUCUGGCGAUGGUACCAGAUUCAUUAAUUGAACAACGAUUUCUUCCUCCCAUUGAUACAAGCUCGACUAGUCAUCACCAAGAAGCCCGUUCCACAACUCCGCUUCCUACAGCAGAAGAAGGCUCCCUGUCUCCAGCUUGGAAUCCGUUUUCCAGUUUCCCUCAUAACUCGACUUGCUCUACCAUAGCUGAUACGUCUGCGGCACUUGGGGAAAACGUACCAGCUGAAGAGUCUUCCGUUUAUUGCCAUUGGACACAAGACUUACGCAUGGCAGCAAUAGGUGAUUUGAAAGUUCGUGUGAUGGUAGGCGGGCGGGAGUGUCGAGGGUCUCUAAUCCGACAUGAAAAUCGUAUGCAAUUGCGUCUAUUAAGAGGUGGGAUUAUCGAGCCUCAUAGGAUACUGCCUCGACAUCCCAUGCCUAGAAAUCAGCAUGGUUCGUUGUGGGUAAUUAUUCGAGGUGAACAUUGCGGUGUACUCGUUCGGGGUUUGCGCUAUUUUCGCCACAACGAUGUAACAUGGUGGGAUGUGCGAGUUACCGAACGGAAGAAGGAGGGCAGAUGGGUGUAUCUGAACGUAGAACUUCAAGUACCAUAUACUGAUCUCAAUUUGGUGGUCGAGCCAACAAGUGAAAAGGUUGCGAACCAGGCGGAGGCGUAUAAGAUGCGGGAAUUUAGCAGGGCAGAUUAUUUUAAAAAAGUUUGA